AUGCCACCCCCUGCCGCAGGCCCCCCAGCAGUGACCCCUCCGGACGGGGGCUGGGGCUGGGCCGUGGUGCUGGGAUCCUUCAUCUCCAUCGGCUUCUCCUACGCCUUCCCCAAGGCCAUCACCGUCUACUUCAAGGACAUCCAGAAGAUCUUUGAUUGCUCCUACAGCCAGAUAGCAUGGAUCUCCUCCAUCAUGCUGGCCGUCAUGUACGCAGGAGCAACGGACAGCCCAGUGCGCCAAACAAACACCAUCUCUCUCUGGGACAUAGGCGUGGACGAGUACUCGGCCGCCUUCCUGCUCUCCAUCCUGGCCUUCGUGGACAUGUUUGCCCGGCCCUCCAUGGGGCUCCUGGCCAACUCCAAGUGGAUCCGGCCCAGGAUCCARUACUUCUUCAGYUUYGCCGUGCUCUACAAYGGGGUGUGCCACAUCCUCUGCCCCCUGGUGGAGAGCUACACAGGCCUGGUGGUGUACGCYGUGUUCUUUGGYUUUGCSUUCGGCAUGGUCAGCUCGGUGCUGUUUGAGACCCUGAUGGACCUGGUGGGGGCUCAGAGGUUCUCCAGCGCUGUGGGGCUCACCACCAUUGUGGAGUGCUGCCCUGUCCUCAUUGGUCCACCCCUGGCAGGUAAACUGGUGGACAUCACCAAAAACUACAAGUACAUGUAUUUCUGCUGUGGGGCUGUGGUGAUCAUGGCCAGUAUUUGGCUGUUCAUUGGCAACUUCAUCAACUACAGACUCCUGGCCAAGGAGCGCAAGCAGGAGGAGAUGUACAAACGGACUGAAACCGAGGACCCUGACAGGGACCAUGACCAAAAGGAGACAGAUGGGGACGCCCAGGCAUUGGAGGACAUGGUAGACCCCAAAGAUGAGGACGCCAUGCAGAGGGAGACCAACAUCUAGAGCCCCUGCCUCUAGCCAACCACACCCCUCUCCACCAYCACCCUCAYGUCCCCCUCUGCCACUAUCAAACUGCAGACUGAGCUCAAGUGGGGUGCCUCCUGGUCUUUCACUCUCCAGGGUUCCGCUCAGGGGCCUCCCCGCAGGGGCCCCUCUGUUUCAGAGACACUCAAACUGCCAGAGUAACAAYGACAACCAUGUCGUGGGAUACUGCAAGGUGUAUUGCUGGAGGAAGGGGUAGGACUUCCCUGACUACUACUCAAACAUCAGACUAGCCGGAGAUAAUGGUGUAAGAUAUGUUAGGAGGCCACAAGGCUUGGAAUAUGAGAAAGAAGCUUUUGUCGCGUAUCUAGGAAUCUGUGAAAUGCGACCUGUCGACAGAAAUCUAGUACUGCUCAUGUAUUUAGCCUGUGCCACUAAACCUACCACACCAGCARSCCAAUUCAACUGUUCUGAUUGAAAUCAAUACAGGUUAAUAUCCCAGCUUCCUAUGCUGGGAGCUGACAUGCGAGGACACAUAAAGUCYGUUAGUACCAGGGUUAUGGUGAGAGACAUAUCAUUGCAACACAGGAACAGAGAUGAGUUCAUGGUUUGGUGGCUCCAGUGACCAUGUAUUAUACUGUCCUUUAGCGCACUGUGUCCGUUGUGUUCGUUAGCUAAACCUGCACAACUGCCAAGCUUCUAAUCUAACGAUAUCACACCCGCUAUUUUAUUCACUAUUGCAUAUUGCACAUGGAGUCUGUAUACGCUGCACUACUUCUAAACUGGCCAUGUUUAGGCCUUAUCCAAAACAACAAUGAAACAAAUGCAAUUUAAUCAUAUUUAAUGAGGUUGAAUGUAAAUUCGUUUUAUUGGCUGUAUUUUCAAUGGCCUUAUUAAGAAUACUUGAUAUUCACAAUCAAAAUCAUCUAGAAAUGUGCAUAUUGCUGGUUUAUACCAAAUAAAGAAUCCAUGAGCAAUAUAACCUAUUCCUAGCCAUUGUUUUGAUGUACGUAUAAACAGGGAUAUUCAUUUGUGUAGUCAAUGGUCAUUUCUGGGAGUAGCUGUUUAACUUUCACCAAUGAUACAUUGCCUUAUGUAAAGAAUGCAACUAAGUUGUGUCAUAUAUACAGUACCAGUCAAAAGCUACUCAUUYAAGUGUUUUUCUUUAUUUUUACUAUUUUCUACAUUGUAG